AUGUCGCUCUUCAAACGCCCGGCUUGGUCACAGAAUGUGACAGCCGCGGACGACUCCAGCGACGAAGAUAAUGACGAUGGAAAUGGUCAGGAAACAUCUGGAGCAGGCUUAUUUAGUCAUUCGAGCUCCUUCAUGUCGAUUAUGAAAGACUCGGAACGACAAAAGAAGCUUCAAGAGGAAAAGAAAUCGGAGCGAGAGAAGCGACAGCAAGAGAAGAGUGCAGAAAAGGCAGAGCGCAAGGCUGAGACGAAGCGCACGAGUUCAGGCGAGGGGGCAGAGACCGACGACAAAGGCGAGCUGAAAAAGAGGCGUAUCAACUCGGAGGAUAGUGCGGCCCUUUUAGGCAUGAUUGGAGUCGUCUCACCGUCGAAGACGAAAGUGCGCAGCGAAUCGAAAGAGACGGUGGACAGCGAUGACGAUGCAGACACGACGACACCUACAACAGCGACGGCAUUGGACGGACAAUCGUUUGUCGCUAGAGAGAAAGGCAAAGCACCAGAGGGUAGGCACACGCGCGCAAACCAGGUGACUCUGUCAGACGAUGAAGAUGUGCAGUUCGUGUCAGAAGUGCCUCGUCAAGCCAGGUCACCCGCGGUUCCUGCAGAAGAGGAGGACUCGGAUCCUGAGUUGGCGGAGCUGAGUCGCAAAGCGAGAGCCAGGCAUAACGCACAGCAAACGGACAGAUCUGAUCGCGCAGCUGGCAGCAAAGACCAGGAGCAAGCGGCACGACCGGCCCCUAUACUCCCUGAUGCGACAAUCAAAAUAUUCAUCAGUUCUCCAAUAGAAGGCACUGCUCCGUUGAUCAUCUAUCGCAAGCUUUCGCAACGGCUGCAAGAAGUGCGCGAAGUAUGGUGCGCGAAGCAAAAGUUCUCGAAGGAGUUCUCGGCGAAGGUAUUCUUGACUCAUCGCGGCCAUCGACUUUACGAUCUCACCUUUUGUCGCAGUCUAGGUCUGGAGGCGGAUGAGCAUGGCCGCGUGACGAGGAUCGACGACCGCACCCAGGAUGGCGUGGAUUCCGUGCACGUUGAAGCCAUGACGGAGGAGCUCUUUAAGAAGUUCAAAUCGGCGAAGGCGCUUCAAGCACAAGGCGUUCAAGAGGUAGCUGAGGACGAACCAACUACUGCAGCAGCGGAAACCGCGCAAGAUGCGCCGCCUGGCCAACAAUACGUGCGCGUUGUCAUCAGGGCAAGGGGCCACGAUGAUUUCAAAGUGCUCGUUAAGCCGGACACGGUUAUCUCCAAGAUCACCAAGGCUGCGAAGAAAACAUUCAAGCUUCCGGAAGAACAAGCAGUAUAUCUCGAGUUUGAUGGCGACAGAUUAUCCCCAAGCGAUCAAGUACAAGACACAGAAAUUGAGGACAUGAACGUCUUGGAUCUUCACCUGGAAGGUUGA